CGGCCUGCGUAAAACACGGCGUGUACAAUCAUAUGGAUGGACUUUAAACAAGAACUACUUGUCUGUAGGUUUUUCCUAAUGAUUUAUAGAGCUAAAAUGUCUAUGUAUACUCGCUCGGCCCUGCCUCAAAGCAUCUUCAGCUACUGAGGGGGAAAAAAAAAAGAUGCCGCUGUAAAACUUUUCAGUGCUACGAGAGAAAGGGAGAGAAUUGACACGAUGGGUGAGGACGAUAAAACAGAGUGAAGAACUUUUCUUACGGGGCCUUCGUCAUCAAGGAGGACCAGCAUGAUUACAUAGAAACCAUCUUUUAUUGGUUCAAGGAAAAGAGACAAAAGUUCUGGGCGAAGUAUGGCGCGAGAGACCGGAGAGUCUGGAGAAACGAAAAGUACCAAAGUGAAAAAGCAUAAAAGAAGGAAAAGCAAAAAGGAGAGCAAAACCAGGAUUGUACACGCCAACAUUUUGUAUGAUCUUACCAAAGGGGGGGAUAACCCCAACAGACACUAUGCAAACAAUAAGAUAAAAACCACAAAAUACACUCUGCUCUCUUUCCUACCGAAGAACCUCUUCGAGCAAUUCCACCGAUUUGCCAACGUGUAUUUUGUUUUCAUAGCCUUACUCAAUUUCGUGCCUGUGGUCAAUGCUUUUCAACCAGAGUUGGCUCUUGCCCCUGUGGUUUUUAUUUUGUCCGUUACCGCUAUUAAGGAUUUAUGGGAAGAUUACAGACGACACCGCUCGGAUAAAGAAAUCAAUCAUUUGGACUGUCUCGUUUACUGCAGGAGUGAGAAACGGUAUGUGGAGAAAUACUGGAAAGAGGUGCGGGUCGGAGACUUCAUUCGUUUACGCUGCAACGAGAUUCUCCCCGCGGAUGUUCUGCUGCUCAGCAGCAGCGACCCUGACCGCCUGUGUCACAUUGAGACGGCCACACUGGACGGUGAAACCAACCUCAAGCAGAGGCAGGUGGUGCGCAGCUUUAUCGACCUGGACUGUGAGUUUGACCCAUUAAAAUACAACAGUGUUAUUGAAUGUGAGAAGCCCAACAAUGACCUCAACAGAUUUCGUGGAUACAUAAUCCAUCGCAGUGGGAAGAGAGACGGGCUGUACAAAGACAAUCUGCUGCUCAGGGGCUGCACCAUCCGCAACACAGAGGAGGCUGUAGGAAUCAUCAUUUAUGCAGGUCAUGAAACAAAAGCAAUGCUGAACAACAACGGCCCUCGUUAUAAACGCAGCAAACUGGAGCGGCAGAUGAACGUAGAUGUGUUCUGGUGUGUCAUCAUACUUCUGGUCAUGUGCCUCUUUUCCGCCAUCGGACAUGGCCUGUGGAUGUUCCAGUAUGGAGAUAAGAGGCCUGUCUUUGACGUCCUGAGCCCAGAGGGAACAGAAUUAUCUCCAGUGGUCUCAGCCAUUUAUCUCUUCCUGACCAUGAUUAUAGUUUUGCAGGUGCUGAUCCCAAUCUCGCUCUUUGUUUCCAUUGAAAUAGUGAAGAUAUGCCAGGUGUACUUUAUCCAUCAGGACAUGGAGCUGUACGAUGAGGAAACAGACUCUCACCUCCAGUGCAGGGCUCUGAACAUCACAGAAGACCUGGGCCAGAUGCAGUACAUUUUCUCUGAUAAGACCGGCACGCUCACGGAAAACAAGAUGGUGUUUCGCCGUUGUACUGUGGCAGGAGUCGAGUACUCGCAUGAUGCCAAUGCGAGGAGGCUUGCUAUGUACCAGGAAAUGGAUUCAGAGGAGGAGGAAUGUACAUCUCAUGGUGGAACUCUCCCACGGCGGGACAGCGUCACCAGCCAUCAGAGUGGAAAAGUGGUGUUGCGAUCACAGAGCACCAAAUCUCACCGUCGCACGGGAAGCAGAGCCGAAGCCAAACGGGCCAGCAUUCUGUCCAAACACACUGCCUUCAGCAGUCCCAUGGAAAAGGACAUUACUCCAGAUCCCCAGCUCAUGGAUAAAGUCAAUGAGUGCAGCAGUCAGAUGGAGUUCAUGCGUUUUCACAGUCAGUCCUUGAACCAGAUCCCCCCUGACCUGUGUGACGUCUUCGACUUUUUCAUUGCUCUCACUAUCUGCAACACUGUGGUUGUGUCCUCACCCAAUCAGCCCCGGCAGAAGGUGCGUCGCUAUGAGUUGAAGUCUCCAGUGAAGACCAUUGAGGACUUCAUCAAGCGCUUCACUCCGAGCCGCCUGACCUCUGGCUCCAACAACAGCAGCUCCUCCAGUCUGGCCACCAACCGCUCGUCCUCCCAUAAAGUGGGCUGCAGCAUGCUGUCCUCCCCCUCGGCCGAGAGCACACUCACAAAGCUGAAGGAGGAGAAGCGUCCGGAGCAUGACCUGCAGCAUGCCUUCAGCCCCGUCCCACCCAACUUUGAUAAAACAAAAGCUUUGGCUCAGGAUGAAUGCGAGCUCAGAUAUGAGGCAGAGUCACCGGACGAGGCAGCGUUGGUUUAUGCAGCCCGGGCCUAUAAGUGUGCUCUUGUCGGCCGUUUACCGGAUCAGGUGACCGUGGAGCUUCCACACUUGGGCAAGCUGAGCUUCGAGCUUCUGCACACACUGGGGUUUGAUUCCACAAGAAAAAGGAUGUCAGUGGUGGUAAAACACCCGCUGACUGAGCAAAUCACAGUUUACACCAAGGGUGCCGAUUCAGUCAUCAUGGAUUUGAUCAGACCAGCCACAGAUGAUUGCAAAGGAAAACGACAAAGGAAAAUCUUGUAUAAAACUCAAAACUACUUAAAUCUUUAUGCUGCAGAUGGUCUCAGGACACUCUGUAUCGCCAAAAAGGUUCUCAGUAAGGAGGAGUAUGCCAGUUGGCUACAACUCCACCUGGAAGCCGAGACAGCCAUACAGAGGAGGGAGGAGCUGCUUUUUGAGUCUGCAUUACGACUAGAGACCAACCUCCAACUUCUGGGAGCAACUGGUGUUGAGGACAGACUUCAGGAUGGGGUUCCCGAGACCAUCGCCUCUCUGAGGAAAGCAGGCCUUCAGAUCUGGGUGCUGACAGGAGAUAAACAAGAGACUGCCAUCAACAUUGCUUAUGCCUGCAAACUGCUGGACCCAGAGGAGGAGAUAAUCACUCUUAAUGCUGACUCACAGGAGGCCUGUGCUGUAUUGCUCAAGAACAGUCUGCAGUACAUCCAGAAGAAGUUCCUUUGCAACCCUCGACCAGAUCCUCAAGCAACUAGAGACUAUGCUGGCAUCCACUUCUCUUCUCCAAUGUGUUCCCCGGCCUCCUCUGGCCACUCCAGCCCCUUCCUGGUGCACCGGCUAGGGCUUGUGAUCGACGGUCGAACCUUGGCCUACGCACUGGACAAGAGUUUGGAGGACGACUUCCUGGCUGUGGCUCGAAGUUGCAGGUCCGUUCUAUGCUGUCGCUCGACGCCCCUGCAGAAGAGCAUGGUGGUCAAGUUAGUGCGUAACAAGCUCAAGGUCAUGACGCUGGCAAUAGGUGACGGAGCUAAUGAUGUUAGUAUGAUCCAAGUGGCUGAUGUAGGGGUGGGGAUCUCUGGACAGGAGGGCAUGCAGGCAGUAAUGGCCAGUGACUUUGCCCUGCCACGGUUUCGAUACCUGCAGAAGCUGCUCUUGGUUCACGGCCAUUGGUGUUACUCUCGUCUCGCCAACAUGAUCCUCUACUUCUUCUACAAAAAUGCUAUGUUCGUUGCCCUCAUCUUCUGGUAUCAGUUCUACUGUGGGUUCUCUGGGUCAUCCAUGGUUGAUCAGUGGUACCUGAUCUUCUUCAACCUGAUGUUCUCCGCAUUCCCUCAGCUCGUCACCGGCACCCUGGACAAAGAUGUGUCAGCAGAAACCCUGCAGGAGUUGCCGCAGCUCUACAUGAAUGGACAAAACUCAGAGGAAUAUAAACCCUACAUGUUCUGGAUGAACAUGAUUGAUGCCUUCUACCAAAGCCUCAUCUGUUUCUUCAUCCCUUACUUUACUUACGUUGACUCUGAUGUGGAUUUGUUUACAUGGGGCACUCCCAUCACCACCUUGGCACUCUUCACCAUUUUGCUGCACUUAGGCAUAGAAACCAAAACCUGGACGUGGAUGAACUGGGUGUCGAUUGGCUUCAGUAUAGCUCUCUUCUUUAUUGUGGCACUGUGCUACAAUGCUUCCUGCCCAGCCUGUUUCUCUCCCUCCAAUCCUUAUUGGACCAUGCAGAGGCUGCUGGGAGAACCUAUAUUCUACCUGCUGUGUGUUGUCACACCUAUUGCCGCACUUCUUCCCAGAUACUUUUAUAGAGCUUGUCAGGGAAAUCUAUUCCCAAACCCUGUCCACGUGGGAAGACAACUGGACAAACUGCCAAUGGACAUGCGCAGGAUCUUCCUGAGUCAGAUGAAGCUGGGCUCCCUCGGGUCACUGUUUCCCCCCCGUGCCCCAUUUUUCCCUCUCUGCAGGCCCCUUCAGAAGGACUACAGGCCCAGGGUAAAGCAAGCCCACAUGAGUAGCACCAAACAGAAGGAGAAAGCUAUAUCCAGCCCCAUCCCAUCAAAGAGCAUGGAGAUGCGGGACACACCUUUAAGCUCAAAAAACUCUGAAAACCAUAUCACACUCAACUUGAGAAUGCAGGGAAAAGUUCAGUCCUGCAGACAGGGCUCAGAUGGCCCUCUAUCGGAGAACUUACACUGCGUGAAGGAACCUUCGUGUCCCGCUGCAGGCACUCUGCCGUACACCAAAGACACUCCAGCCUCCAGGACUAUUUUGGAUAGCACAGGCUUGGAGGUCCCGCUGAGCCCGACAGACCUCUGUCAGGUCGAGUUGCUCACCUCCACUCCCUUGCUUCCUCAAACAGAGACUAUGCACCUCAUGACACCACCCAGCUUUUUUUUGGGGCAAAAGCUGGAAGACGAGGACCAUUCAAACCAAAAGUCUCUACUGAAACAGGCCGGGGAUGUGGAUCACAACCAGUCAACUUGCUGCCUACAAGAACAUUCACUCAAAACAACAUUUCUAUGAUGCUUUCUACCUGUUACGCUUAUUCAAAUUUGCACGUUAGCUUUAAGAAAUAUUAUAUAUUCAAUAUUAUUUUAUGAAGAUAUAGGUUGGUACUACAUAUAUAUAUAUUUUUAGAUGUAUAAAGGUUAGAUUUUUUUUUUUUUUUUUUUUUUUUGGAGAGCGAGUGGCCAGCAUAUGCAAACUGGAUGGUCUUAUGAUUAAUGACUGAAUUUUUAUUUUGUUUUUUAAAAACAUCUCAAAAGUGGAGGAGGUUUGUAUCUCAAAGCAGAGGCAGUCCAGAGACAUCCCUUUAUCUGUUUAUUUGAACCUGGAUGUUUAACCUGGGCGCACUUUAAAAACCUUUCUGUCCUACCAUUAGACACUGCUGAUAGCACUACAUUCCCAUCCCAGAACGAAAAAAUUAUGGUACCCUUCAGUGUCAUUAGCUAGAGGAAUUUUGGUAACUCUUUACAAAAAGUGUACAUGAGAAGUCCUGAUCGAAUAAAGGCAUGAACUAAUCAAGAACUAAUAAUUUUAGACAGGAGUCACUAAAAACUGCUUUUACAUCAUCAAAGAAUGUGAAGUGGCAAAACCUGCUCUGACUUUUAUUAAAGAUGCAUGAUUUUAACGCCUGAGUAACAUUUGCUUCACGUACACAUCUUUAGUUUCAUUAAGAACAUUAUUGUAUCAUUUAAAUGAAUAAUCCCAUUUAAAAUCUAAUUAAGGUUUUUUUGCUACUUCAAAUUCUUUGUCAUACAGCCAAUCUAAUGCAUUAACUAUCAAACAUGUAGUUAAAGUGGCCAUUAUUCACAUGACUCCCUCUGAUUCCAGUCAUAUCUCAUUCUAGCUCUUAAUUGGUUCUUAACUAGUCUGUGAGUACAUUCCCCAUUAGUUCAAGUAUUAGUACAUGAUUUAUGUACCCUAUUUGUAAAGUAUUAGUGGAAUUCCUUAAAUACUCCUUGAAGUGUUGUGUUUGUUGUUAGGUCCCCUGAUGACUUUAGUGCUGAGCAAGAGAUGCACUCUACAUUUGUUGAUGCUGUCCAAAGGACUAUGCAUGACACUUAGACAAGCUCUUAGACACCUACCAGAUGUUAAAAUGUCAGUAUCUCACACCAACAUCAUUACUGACUUACUAGGGUCAAGUAUUAUCGUGUAAAAGAAAACUGUCCUCUGGCGCAGUUGAGCUUUGCACGCAUAUACAGAUGGUGCUUAUGGCAGGUUCCAGCUCAAGUAUCUGUCUUUUUCUUUACUUUUUGCUGCUGCUUUUGUUUCUACACGCAUUCCUGCAGGAUAGGAUUUCACUUUUGCUUUUUUAUAUAUAGUUCUAUUCAUUCAGUCAUAGUGCAGAGUGCUUAAGGAAAUAGAGGCCGAUGCAUCAAGCUGAUUUGACAGUUAAGGAUCCUGGGAGGUGGCCUGAUUCAGUACAUGUGCGAACAGAAAGGCCACUUUACGCUAUUUGUUUUAGGCCUUUUUUUAAAGACCUGAUCUGUUGAGAUUAUAUAUAUGCUGCAUCUGCUAUUUGCUAUGAUUGUAUUUUUCUACUGUUUACUCUAUACAUGAUCCUUGACCAAAGAUGCAAGAAGCACAUGACCGCUGGAGCAUUUGUACUGUAACCGCUUGCUCAGGCUGAUCACUUUAUUGAUUAGCAAUUUAACUGGCUCAGGGCGGGCUACUCUGUUAUUAAAGGUAUAUUUCAGGCAAAAUGACACCUUUUUUUUAUUAUUGUUUACUCACUCUUGUGUCAUUCCAAAUCUCUUUGAAUUUCCUCUGUUUGACACAAAAUAACUUUUUUUCCCAUGCAGUGAAAGUCAAUGGGGUCUAAUACAAUUUGGACCCUAUUGAGUUUCAUUGCAUGGACAAAAAAUAGUUUUUUGGUAUUCCACAGAAGAAAGUAAGUCAUAUUCGUUUGGAAUGUCAUUGAGGGUGAGUACACAAUAAUAGAAAUAUCAUUUUUGGCUGAACUAUCUCUUUAAGUGUCUUUUUGCCCUCACCGCUCAAGUUUCUAUUCCCAAACCAUGACAGGAAUCAUGUUUUGUAUGCAAUAGUGUUUUGCUCGCCCUCAGGAACGCCAGCAUGCGUUCUGGAAAACAUUCCAUUUUGAUCAGUCUGUUCUAAGGGAAUUAACGGACUGACUUUGUGACUUAUUGUUUUAAAGCUGUAAUAUGUGUAAUGAACGGUUCUGACGAGCACAUGGGUGGUUAUCCGUUUGUUCCGUAAGAGAAUAUUCCACAAUUCCGCAAAUGUCAGGGGUGUGGCGUAUUAUAGAGUCCCUUAGAGAGAUGCUAAAAUAGUUUUUAUGAGAUGAUUUGUCAUGCUGUGCUCGCAUAACCUCAAGGCCUCGCCAAUCUGUUCAUUCGGGAUCUCAUUUGGGCAGUCGCUAUCAAAACCGCUGAUUUAUGAACAGCCUACCAGGAGGAUUAUGAGAUAUUUUGUGUUCAUUACACAACAAAUGGUGUGAACAGAAUGUGCUCAGACCAAAAAUACAGGGGUGUUACAUUAGAAAGCAUCUCAAUUGUAGUUUCCUGUCAUUCAUAAACACAAAAACUCAUGUUUUUUGAGGUGUAUCUAGAGGCUGAUGCAGUAUUAAGCUGGGUGUGAGGGGGGAAAAAUUGACUGGUUCUCUCUGUAUGUGUAUGUGGAUACUACAGUAAAACCCUAAAGAAGCUAAUAUAAAGCACACAAGUACUUUGUCCAUUCAGUUUUUCUUCUGCACAGCUCAGGUUCAGCGUUUGCCGCUUUGAGCAAUAUUUUCGUUUCAUUGAAAGUGUAAUGUUUAUAGCAUCCGAAAUUAUUUUAUUUUCGUAGUUUGAUAAAGGCAAUGUUUGUAUGUGCCGAAGUGCUUUAGUAUACACAAGAAAACCGUUUUAUACAAUGUGGAAUAUAUGUUAUGUGCCUUAACACUGGAGAACGCAUAUGUAGACGGCAAUACAUACAGUGACUUUUAUAUAUGUGCAGUAUAUGUAAAGGUAUUUGGAGUUAUAUUAAUAAAUGAGGUUUAAGAAAACAAAAUCCUUUUGGUUUUUAACAGAUUGAAGAGAUCAUGCUGUAUUUUUUUCCAUGCUAUUUUUGUUUGAUUUUAGAUUGGAAUGUGCCAGUACUUGGAUCCCAGGUUUCAGGUCUGUCAAGUUCUUGGCCAAGCAUCACAUGCUGCAAUAGAAUCCAUUCACAGCUGCAUUCCAGAGCCUUUCUUUAACUUCAGGGCAGAUCACCAGCAGGAAUUCCGUCCUUCAGAGUUUGUCAUAGCACACAUGUAAUAGUUGGGAGGACUUUUUGAUACCCAGCAUGACUUUUAUCACUGUCACUGCCAUGACUGUUCCUGGCUUAUUGUACUGUAAUUGCUGUUUGUUAUGGUCACACAAAGGUUCAGUUUGUUCUCACUGUAGACUCACUACGUUGCCAGCCCUUCAUGAAAACACCUGUUUCAAGUGCUUCUCUAACAUUUUGGAGGGGUUUGUUCAAUUGUUCAAUCGUUCUGUGUUUGUUUCCUGACCAAGAAUAACUCUUUAUGUCAUAAAACUGAAAUAAAUUGUAAGAAAAUGUU